AGGAAAGAUGGCCGCCGACUCGGGCACGGGCAAGCAGAAAGUGGACCUGGGACUUCUGGAGGAGGACGACGAAUUUGAGGAAUUUCCCGCUGAAGAUUGGACGGAGAAGGAUGAGGACGAGGAGGACCUUAAUGUCUGGGAGGAUAAUUGGGAUGAUGACAACGUUGAAGAUGAUUUCAGUCAACAGCUGAAGGAGGAGUUGGAGAAGAAAGGCUUUAAAAUGGAGCACUGAUCAGCUUCCGGUUCCCAACAUAUUGUGAUCUCACCCUGAUACUUUUUGUGAAGUGGAGCAAUGUGUUGUCCUGCUGUGAGAUGGUGCUUUCCUCAGGCAUGAUCCAUCUUUGCCAUUUUUUAAUGAAAGUCUCAUCUCCUUGA